AUGUUCUCAACAUUGGCAAUAUGUUCAGCAGUUUUUAUUAACAGAAAAUAUGAGGUUUUGGGCCGAAGAAUAGGAAAUCUCUCAAUGAAUUCUCAUUUAAAAUUUGGUAGUGAAACAUUACCGUUAAAAGCAGAUGGUUCCUUUCGCGAGUGCAUUGAAAUUCCUGAGCAGUGCUUGCUUGGAGCAAAUGAAUCUAUAGUAGAUGAGAUUUUUGGAGUUGCAGAAGAAAAUGAUAAUGCAAAAUGUGCCAUUUUGAUACCCACUAACAUAGAUUCAUUAGCAAUAAAUGAAGAAGUUUUGGACCGUUUACCAGGCGAUGUAAAAGUUUAUUUAAGUGCAAAUACUAUUGAAACAGAUGAUCUUAACAAAAUCAACAAUUUUCCUGUUGAGUUUUUAAACAGUCUUACUCCAUCGGGAAUGCCUGUUCAUUGCCUAAAACUAAAAAUUGGAGCUGUUAUAAUGUUACUUCGAAAUUUAGAUAUUAAAGCUGGACUUUGCAAUGGUACCCGAUUGAUGGUGUGUGCUCUUCAAAAUAAUUACAGUGAUUGGCAAGUUCUUACAGAUGUUUCAGUUGUCAAUAGAGUAUUUGUUCCUCGAGUUCAGUUAACACAAUCUGAUUCAAAUUUACUUUUUACUUUUAAAUGUCGUCAAUUUCCUGUAAAAUUAUAA